AUGCCGUCAUCGCCAAUCGAUGAUUCAGUGCCGCCAAUGAUUCCAAGGUCCAAAGUUCACUGUCAUCACUCUAAUCACCUGUCUAUUCCGUUUUUCCCCACGGAUUUCAUAUUUUUAUUCGAAGUAUUGUUUUCUACGUCAGUCCAAAUGAAUAACUGGUCGUUGACGAUG